AGAUAAAAGUUUGAGGUCUGAAGAUAAGCUACGAAGUCUUUUGCUUCUGCAUUAUCUAUAUCUAUCUGAAUAUCCACCUUACCCUCCGAAAUAACACUUUUUUCUCCAUGCACAUCUUCUAUUCUAUACAAUGAAAUACACUGCAACGUGCUACUCUUACUGUUACCAUCACCACUACUACUACUACACUAGUUUAAUGUGACAUGGUAUUCUAGUACUUCAGCUAUGGAAUCUGCAAGGAGUAUGUUUUGUUCUUCUCCACCCUUUCGUCGAAGAACUCACCAUUGGAACACUUUUCCUUCAUCUUCUUCUACCUCUGUUUUGAUGCUCUGUGUCCGAGCUGCCCCUACGGUUGCCUCUUGGUCUUCUAGUUUUUCAGCACAGAAUUCUCCUACCUCAGUUCUUUUACAAGAGAAGCAUGAUGAAUAUAGGCCUCUAUUGCAGAUGUCUAAGGAAGAGAAGACAUCCCAGAAAAUAUUAAAUACGAGGCAGAUGGAUAUGGCCUCGGUUCACGAAGAGAAUAACACUGGCAAUGCUGAUCAGUUAGUGCAUGACUUUAGGCAGCACCUGCAGCUCUGGCCUCGUUUACGGACCUUAUUAACUUCCUUACCAACAGAAGAAAUUGCUGCUUCUUCAACUCUACAGCAUCUUACUGUUGACUUAGAGAGGCCUGCAGAUGGUGCGCAAUGUAAUGCAGCUUCUCUUGCUAAGAAAGCCUUGUCUGCCUCAAAACAAGCUGCAUCAGUAGCUGAAGAGUUGAAAUCAAUUAAAGCUGAUGAUUAUGAUGAUUCACUUCCUUUUAGUCUGGCCUCCACUAGUUUUGCUGACCCUUCAGUUGGAAGCAAUAAAUUUGUGAGGUCAACACGGCUUCUAGACAGACGAUCUAAGCAAAGAAAAGUGCCAAAGUCAAAAGUUAAAGACGAAGAGACUUGCCUUACAAGAAAGGAUGAUGCAAAGGAAAAGAAGAAGAUAAAUAAAGAACUUGAUCAAAAUGACCCCCAGCACUUGUUCUCGUGGAGUCCUGAAACAAAACAACUUUUGACACUUGAACAAGAGUCUCAAUUGGUUGCUCAUUCGCAGGAGUUAUUGAGAUUGGAAGAAUUGAAGACCAGGCUUCAAUAUCAAUUUGGUCGGGAACCAACUAUAACUGAAUGGGCUGAGGGUGUGGGACUUAACCGUCGGGCGCUGCAGGAGCAGAUUCAUUGUGGUAACAAAAGCAGAGAAAAGCUGAUUCAAGCAAAUCUGCGCUUGGUAGUCCACGUUGCUAAAAGUUAUCAGGGGCGUGGUCUCAGCCUUCACGACUUAGUACAGGAGGGACGUCUGGGUCUUUUGAAGAGUGUCAAAAAGUAUAAACCCCGAGUAGGUUGCCGAUUCGGUACUUAUGCAUACUGUUGGAUAAGGCAAACGAUAAGGAAGGCCAUAAGUCAAAAUUCCAGGACAAUCCGUCUGCCGGAGAGUGUAUUUACCCUAUUGGGCAAAGUAAUGGAGGCAAAGAAAUUGUACAUUCAAGAAGGAAAUCUUCACCCAACCAAAGAAGAAUUAGCAAGAAGGGUAGGGAUUACAGUAGACAAGAUUAACAAUUUGCUAUUUGUUGCAAGAUAUCCAAUUUCUAUACAGCAAACUGUGUGGGCAGACCAAGAUACAACUUUCCAGGAGAUUACUGCCGACUCCGCAAUUGAGACCCCAGAUGUGAGUGUUGCAAAACAACUUAUGAGGCGACAUGUGCUCUACCUCCUAAGUAUGUUACGGCCCAAAGAAAGGAGGAUAAUCCGGCUAAGAUUUGUGGAACAGAAAUCUUUAUCGGAUGUUGGAGACAUGUUUGGUUUGUCCAAGGAAAGGGUACGUCAGUUGGAGAGCCGAGCAUUGUUCAAGCUCAAGCGGUGCCUUGUCAAUCAAGGACUUGAUGCCUAUGUGGACUUGCUUGUAUAGAUGAGGAGACAACAAGGUUAUGCAGUUCAUUCACAUGGCUGAGACCUUGUCUGGCUACGUUUUUAACAGCAGUGCUAAUACCCAGAGCGAGCUUUUGACGACAAAAUUGGCAGAAGACAAUUUUUGUAUAUGCGAGGCCUAAUGGCUGGCAGUUUGCAGAAGAAAAUUGAAGUAUUAAAAAAGGUGAGGCUUAUACAAUUAUACAAAUGAGAACACUUGUAGGUGAAAAAUGGUAUUUUGUAUAUGUGUAAGGUGAAUUUGUAUUCUUUCGAUUGAAUUUUGCGGCUCUUAAUAUGAAAUGAAAUGU